UUGGACACAGUAAAGAGGAAAAUUCAAAAUCUCAAGUGACUUCAUAAGAGAACUCACAUUUACACCAUGUCUCCUGCACUCUACAACUACCUGUUUAUUCUACUGAUAAUCCUACCUAAAGGGCUCUCUCAUCUGGUGAGAACACAGCAGGUUGUCACAGCAACCCUGGGAGAAGAUGCAGUCUUAACCUGUGAGCUCAUGACACUCAAAGACGUGCGUCAAGUCACAUGGCAAAAAGUGACAACUGGGGAGAAUGAAAAUUUGGCCUCCUACAGCAAACACGGUCCCAAUGUCAACCUACGUUUUAAGGGGAAAGUGGAGUUUGAAGACGAGGGACUGCAGAACUGCUCUAUCAUCAUCAGAGGAGUGUCAAGAGGAGACGAGUCCUGCUACAAGUGUCUGUUUAACACCUUUCCAGAGGGAGCUAUCAGUGGAACCACCUGCCUCAAAGUCAAUGAGCUGUAUGGACCCUCACUCCUCAUCACACAAACCAACAACAGUCACACCACUCUGUCCUGUUCUGCUACUGGACGACCUGUUCCUAUAGUAACCUGGGAUGACAUAAUGAUAGAACAUUCCACCAUGGUUGAUGUCACCCAUCCCAAUGGAACUGUCACUGUGACAACUACUGCAACAGUGGUAGUGUCCAGUCUAACUGACAAAAAGGUUAGGUGUGUUGCUUCACUAUCCUUUGGUGGUUCCAUCAAGGUGGUUUCAGAGGUGAUUCCAGCUAGUGAUCAAGCUUCAUUUGCAGGUCAAUCUCAGGUCUCUGAUGAUGACAGGAUCAGUGGUACAGUGGUUGGUGCAGUGAUGGGUUCAGUCUUGGGUUCAGUGUGUCUCAUCUCUGUAUUCUGUGUAAUAUGGCGGCAAAAUAGAAAAGACACCUCCUACAGGGAAAAAAACAUACCGGACCCUGAACACAGCAAGACGCCUCUAAAGACACAACAGAACAGAUCACCAUCCAAACAUUUCACACCAACCUCCAGUCCAUCACACAUGUCACACUCAUCAACCAACUCGUCAACCAAGCGUAGGAUGAAUAAGAAUACAUCUUUCAGGGACACACCAAACUCCAGUCCAUCAAUGAUAAAAUCCCUCAGCUCGUCAGACAAGCGCAGGAUGCAUCAAGCUCAGGAGGCUGUAAAAAGUAUCUCCAUUCAAGAAUCAGAUGAUGGUGUAACAAGAAACCUUCUAGAAGAUGACGACUACUGAGUGACUCUCAUCACAUUGCCACACACACCAAAUCACUAUUGACUAAUCUGGUUAAUAUGAUAAUUUUUACUCAAAACUGUCUCUCUCACUUUCUUUACGUAAGCCAUACCUUAAUAGGGUUAUUUACUGUCUGUGCCAUAUUCACAUUAGUCACAGCUGCUGUUAGAAGUGUUCUUAUAAGGUUGUUUUAUCGAUUUGUUUGAUGUUUUUGUUGUCUCCGUGUCUGUUUUUCAGUGUUUAGAUACAUGAACGUUUCUGCUCUUCUUGUAGUAUUUAUUUUGCACUUCUCCUGUGAUUCCAAAAGAACCAAUAAAACAUUCAUUCAUUGUAAAAAGAACA